UCACCAGAAGCCUCACGCCAUGGUCCCCAUUGGAGGGUUCGUCCCAAAGUGUGACGCUAACGGGAACUUCCUCCCCCAGCAGUGCUCCGGGUCCACCGGGUACUGCUGGUGCGUCAACGUCAUCACGGGGGAAGAGAUCCCAAACACGAGGACCCCGCCGGGCGUCAAACCGGUUCAGUGUGAGAUGAACUCCUGCCCGGAGGAUUGGACCCGCUUUGGAACGCGAUGUUUCGCCUUCAUCGACAGCCCAAUGACGUGGUCUGAAGCCGAGAGUUACUGCCUGUCCGAAGAAGGCAACCUGGCGUCGGUCCACAGUAACGAGGAGAAUAACUUUCUCCAGAGGUUGACCAGAGAAGACACCCAAAGAUUCCCCCUCACCUGGAUCGGGGGCAACGAUUGCAUCCAGAACGGUUUUUGGAGGUGGAGUGACGGCACCAUGUUUAACUACAAAAACUGGUCCAAGCGCUACAACAUGCAAGACCAAGGGCGCAAGAUGAGAUGUCUGCAGAUGAAUUAUGGAUAUCGCAAGAUGUGGAACGCCGCCUCCUGCAAUGACACUCUCCCUUUUGUGUGUGCCAAGGAGAUGUGACACCUCUGAGGAGAGAUCUAAGAGUCAGAGUAUCGUAACCUCACUAUGUAAUCACGUGGGAUCCAGAUCCUUUCACAGGUCCCACAAACUCUCUGAUUUCUUUCUAGUUAGGCAAGUUUAGCACAAUCAUCUCCUGUACCACAUUGUGUUCACGAUGUUAGUGAUUAAUCAUGGUUAAAGCACAAAUUGGUCAACUUGAAAAGGAGGCUCUUCUGUCUCUGUGAGGGAGACGACAGGAAGUGCAGUUUGGGGAAUCUGUUCUGCGGUUGAACGAGGAUGAAGGAAGAGAGAUGUGAGUGAGUGAAUCGAGGAAGGUUGAGUAGCUAACAAGCAUCCUGCCAGUGAGCGGAGGAGUCUUCUCUUCAAGAAAAAGCUGAGAUAGGAAUCUUAAUCAAUCGUAUGCAUUGAAAAAAAAGUCACUUGGGGCUGUCUCUUGUCCCAAAUAUGUUUAAUAACACAGUAAUGUUACAUGUGAAGUGUCUUCCACUUGUCAGAGCAACACUGUGCUAUGCUAACAUAAUUAAUAAGAAAUAUAAUUGGAAUUAAAUCUAUUCACAUGGGAAAACAGACUGUUGAACACCUGUUUCUUUAACAUGUAGAUGACAAACUAACAAGAAAAGGACAUUGUCCCAAUUAAGGAAGGGGAGUGAAGAUGGGGAUUGGGAUUUAAAUGGUUCAAAGCCAAUGUUGGAUGUAGGGAACAUGAUAGAACUUUUAUCAUGUUUCCUACACUUAUAUCAUGUAAUUGUGUCCAACUGACACCGUCCAAAAUGCUGUAUGAGACAUUACAUUCAGCUGUCUAUGCCUGUAGUCUUUUGCUGUGUCCGGGACAACUCGGUUUACUUGUAAACAUGUGAUUGUUUCCAAUAAAUCUGCCUUAAGUGAA